AUGCUUUAGAAAUUCAAAGAAGGAUUAAAAUAAAUAGAUAUAUUUGGUUAAUCGAUUAGCUUAAGUUUUAGAAAGGAGGAGAAAUAUAAAACAAGUAUGGGUGGAUUUUUAUCAAUAUGUAUAAUUGGAACAAUAAUCAGUUUCUUUUAUUCCAACAUAAUUAAUUUUUUUGCAAAAUUAAAUGUUACUUCUACUCAAGAAUUUACUUUUGCAGAUGAUCCUGAUGUAUUGGUCUUAGAUAAAGAUCACUUUAUGUUUGCAGUGCAAAUUGAAUAAGAGAAUUUUACAACAAACCCUUACUUUAAUAUCACCGUUGAAUAGCGUCAUUAUUAUCGUUAUGCAAAUGGAACAUAAUAUCGAUACCCAAAUAAAUAUAUUGAUUUAGUACCAUGCACUAUUCAACAUUUUUAACCAUUAUUUGAAAAGUACAGUGUGGAUUUUAUAGAACAAUUUGAACAAUAAAAUUUAUAAAAUUUCUUAUGUCCUAAUCUCAAUUUUAUUCAUAGUCUUAAUAUGACAGUUGGAGGUGUUUGGGCAAGUACAGAUUAUUACUUUUUAAAGUUUUCUAUUACUAAUUGUAAAGAUUCUUAAUAAAGUAAUUUUACUUGGUAACCCAAUUGUAAAACUUCAGAUGAAAUACAAAAAACAUUAAAAUCUUAAGGAAGCUUUCGUUUUUAAGUUUAUACCACAAACUUUGUAAUUUUUAGAAAUAUAAAAAUAGUUAAUAAACCCAAAUAGACCAAAAGAUUAUGUAUAACCUUAUUUAGCUGUUGAUUAAUUCUAUACUUUUGUCCCUGAUAAAAUGUUUGUUUAAUCUGAUAUUUUUUUUAGAACAAAAAAAGUAACAACAGAUUAAGGAAUAUUAAUGUAUGCUGAUAAAUAAAAUGAAACUUUUGCUUUUAGAGAUUAUGGAGAUUAAAGAGAAUAAUUUGAAAUUUCAAGAAUAACACCAAAUUAUUAUGGAGCAUUUUAUUUUUAAAGAAGUCCAUAUUCAUAUAACAUAAAUAGAAAAUUUUUAAGACUUGAUGAAUUACUUAGUUAUUUAGGAGGAUUCACUUAAUUUAUGAUUGUUGUUGUGGGUAUAAUAGUAAGAUUCUAUAAUCGAUAGCAUAUGAUUAUAUCUAUAGCUAAUGAUUUAUAUGAAUUUGAUAUGAGUUCAGCUAGAUAAAAUACUUAAAUCCAUUUAAAUAGCUUAUUAGCAAGAACUGAAAGAGGUAGAGAAAUGUUAAAAAGCAAAAUGUCUAAAAAAAUUGAAACUAUUCCUAAAAUUUAAACUAUUACAGCAUUUCAAAAUAAACCUGAAAUGCUGUAAACAUCUACACCUUUUUAAAAAAAGAAAUCAAAAAUUUUUGACUAAAAACAAUCUAUUGAAUAAUUAUAACCUACUUCAUAAGUGUUGUAAUCCAGACUAUCUGCAAUGAAAGCUAAAACAUUAUAAUAUUAUGAAGAUUUCAAAGAAUUUUUAAAAAGGAAACAUGUUAUUGGAUUAGGUUUUAGAGUAAUGUUAAGUUCUAUAAUUCCUAUAGAAUCUUUAAAAGAUAAUGAUUGUUUAGUAUUACAAAGAGCUAUGUAUAUAUAAUAUUUAUUAUUUUCAGUGAUUAAGUUAAUAAAGAAUUAGAUAUUGAAUAUAUUAUCAAAAAACUUCAUGAAUUAACAAAAUUAAAAUAAGUUUUAUUUAAUUCUGAAUAAAUAACACUUUUUAAUUUUAGUCGAAAACCGAAAAUAGCAUUAAUUUAAGAUAAUAAUAAGAGAAGAUCAACAAGGUAAGAUAAUAUAAUUUAAUUUAGAUGCAUAAUUGAUGGAAUAGUAACAGCAGAAGAUUGUGGAAUGAUGAAGCAAUUUGCUGAUCUAGUAAAUUCUUAUGAAAAAUUAACUGGAUAAGAAUAAGAUCAUUAAACUUAAGAAUCAAUUCGAUUUAAUUAAAGAUUAAUUCUAUUAUUAGGUCCUGAAUUAAUGAAAGUAAUAGAAAAAGAAUUAAGUGCUUAAUAAUAACAAUAGGUAGAGUCAGAAAACAAUGAUCUAAAAGAUGAGGAAAACUUAUUUAGUGUAAGAGAACUUUAAGAAUAAAAUUGA